AGCUACAUACGCCGCUGCUUGCUCAGUAUCAUUCCUCAAAAUCAUUCUAGUAAUUGGUUCUAGCUCUGACCAUGGACGUUAAUAAAGUGUUCUUGUGCUUUGUGGUAGUUUUGUUUUCUGCACCGAAAGUGCGCGGUGUCGAGCAAAAUGGCACAAAUUCUUCCCUCACCGGGUAUGGGUAUGAAAUCAUUACGGCCAAGUUGGAAUACCUCCAGUACAAGCUGAUGGAGAUGGAUUUCACCAUGAAGGAAGAUCGAGAGACGAUCGAACAGAAGCUGUCGGAGCAAAAGACUCUCUCCGAAGGGCUACUGUGGGCCAUCAACCAGCUCAGUCAAACGAUCGGCCACAAUCUGACCGCACUGCAAACGCAGUCUAAUACAAUGCUCUCCCAGCAGACUGCCUGCGCCAACCAUGAACUGAUGCGAAAGCAUAUCCAAAUGUUAGUGGCAAAAGAAGAUCGCGCUCUGCUCAGGGACUAUUCAGACACUAUCGAGAAGAAAAGUCCCAUCAGUUCGUGCAAGGGCGUAACGGGAAAGCACUUAAUGCAACCUACCGCGAAUGACGAACCCUUCCUGGCACUUUGCGAAGAGACCAGUUUCGGCGGAGGUUGGUUAGUGGUUCAGUAUCGUUUUAAUGGUUCGGUGGACUUUUACCGCAACGGGGAAGCGUAUCAGAACGGUUUCGGAAGCGUCGAUGGAGAGUUUUGGCUCGGGCUGGAACACUUGCAUCAGAUUACUUCGGCACGAAAGCAUGAGCUGCUGGUGGAGCUGAAAGAUUUCGCUGGAAAUUACGUGUACGCACGGUAUAGUGAGUUCGAGAUUGGCAGUGAGGAGGAGAAAUAUGAUUUAAAAAAGCUGGGAUCGUACACAGGAACGGCAGGUGACUCAUUGACAUACCAUAAGGGUAUGAAGUUUACAACUAAAGAUCGAGACAAUGAUCAAAGUGGAAGCACAAACUGUGCUGUGAAUUAUGAGGGAGCAUGGUGGUACAAGGAAUGCCACCAUGUCAAUCUUAAUGGACGUUACAAGAAUACUGAGGACGCAAAGGCUAUGGUAUGGUACCACUACAAAUCGGCUCAUACUGGUAUGGCAUACUCAAGAAUGUUGAUUCGUGAAGUUUGAUGCGUGAUCGCGUGAUGCGUGUAAUAUGAAUAAAUACAAUUUAAAAAAAAAAAACCCA